AUGAUCCCCGCUCCUCGCGCCUCCACCGCCGGAGGCAGCAGGUGGCGCCGCGUCCUCCUCGCCCUCGCCCUCCUCCUCCUCACCCUCGCGCCACCCGCAUCAGCGCAGCCGACGCCGACGAGCCCAGCGCUACAGGCGGCGUACACGGCGCUGCAAGCGUGGAAGCGGACGGCCAUCUUCUCGGACCCGUCCAACUUCACAGCCAACUGGGUCGGCCCGAACGUGUGCGCCUACAACGGCAUCUACUGCGCGCCGCGGCCCUCCGACGGGGAGCUGGCCGUGGCCGGCAUCGACCUGAACCACGCCGACAUCGCGGGCCACAUCCCGGCCGACCUCCCCCUCGGCAUCCCCGACCUCGCGCUGCUCCACCUCAACUCCAACCGCUUCUGCGGGGUGCUGCCCGACACCUUCCUCCGCCUGCGGCUCCUCCACGAGCUCGACCUCAGCAACAACCGCUUCGUCGGCGCGUUCCCCGCCGUCGUCCUGGGUCUCCCCGCGCUCAGGUACCUCGACCUCCGGUUCAACGACUUCGAGGGACCCAUUCCACCGACGGUCUUCGACCGCCCGCUCGACGCCAUCCUCCUCAACUCCAACCGUCUCCGUGGCCCCAUCCCGGGCAACCUCGGCAACUCGCCGGCCUCGGUCGUGGUCCUCGCGCACAACCGUCUCGGCGGAUGUAUCCCGCCGUCGAUUGGGAGGAUGGCGGACACGCUCAAUGAGAUCGUGCUCAUCGACGACGACCUCACCGGCUGCGUCCCGCCGCAGGUCGGGUUGCUUAGGAAGGUCACGGUGUUUGAUGUCAGUGGGAACCACCUCCAGGGCCCGCUCCCGGCGACCGUCGGUGGGAUGGCUGCCGUCCAGCAGCUCAAUGUGGCCGGGAACCUGCUCAGGGGCGCCGUGCCGCCGGCUGUGUGCGCGCUGCAGGGGACGCUCAGGAACUUCACCUACGAGGACAACUUCUUCACCUCGCGCCCUGGGUGCGCGGUCGCCACGGCGGACGGCAGGUGGAACUGCAUCCCUGGCGCUCCCGCGCAGCGCCCGCCGCCGCAGUGCGCCGCCACGGCAGCACCGUUCGACUGCAGGACGGUGCAAUGCCAGGCGCCGCCCACGUCUGGCCCGCCUGGGUCGGGCCCCGGCGGUCCUUCACAACCGUUUCCUCCACCAGGCUCCAACACGCCGUCGUACCCGUCGCCGCCUGGCAGCUCCACCACGCCGUCGUACCCGUCCCCGCCAGGGAGUUCUACCACGCCGUCGCACCCGUCCCCGCCAGGGAGCUCCACCACGCCGUCGCACCCGUCCCCGCCAGGGAGCUCCACCACGCCGUCGCACCCGUCCCCACCAGGGAGCUCUACGACUCCGUCGUACCCGUCGCCGCCCACAGACGGCAGCAGCCCCAAGCCAUCAAUGCCGCCUUCAUCCGGGCCUUCAUCCCAUGGUGGCUCGCCUCCGUCGUCCGGCUACCAGCCGCCGCCGCCGUCGUCCGGGUGGGCACCGUCGGGCCAACCCGUGGGCGUGCCACCACCCACAGAGCAUCCCGGUGGCGUCUGGCCGCCGCACACGCCAACGGCUCCCGGCACACCAGGAUCAGCGUACCCGCCGGGCACACCAGGAUCGCCAUCCACACCGACGACUCCGGGCACGCCAGGUUCGGCAUUCCCACCGACGACCCCAGGAGCGCCAGGUUCGGCAUACCCGCCGACGACUCCAGGCACGCCAGGCUCGACAUACCCGCCGACGACUCCCGGUGCACCAGGGUCGUCGCCAUCCACCCCGACGACUCCAGGCACGCCGGGUUCGACAUACCCGCCGACGACUCCGGGCGCACCAGGGUCGUCACCAUCCACGCCGACGACUCCGGGCACGCCAGGUUCAACGUUCCCGCCGACGACACCCGGCUACCACCCUCCUUCCCCAGGUGGUGGUUCUCCAGGCGGCGGCCACGGCGGCAACCAGCACGGCACUCCACCAUCGACACCAGGCAGCGGCGGCGGCGUCCUCCCAUUCCCGCCCGCCCACGGCAUGCCCUACUCCUCGCCGCCGCCGCCACCGUCCGACCCAGCGGGGAACCUGCCGUUCCCGCCCGUCCACGGCGUGUCCUACUCGUCGCCCCCACCGCCGCUCCCGCCCGUCUACGGCGUGUCCUACGCGUCGCCCCCGCCGCUGCUCCCGCCCGUCUACGGUGUGUCCUACUCGUCGCCCCCGCCGCCCGCGACGCCGUACAAGAGCAACUAG